GUAACUAAAAUAAAAUAAAAUAAAAAUCCUUAAACCCCAAAAACUUCAACUUCCUCCUUUCGCUUUCACGUUAACCCGCAGGUCUCCUCCCAACACGAUUGCAAGAGCCCGCCUUCACCACCGCGAGCAUAGUUUUAGCCACCGUGAGGCACACCGGAAAGCUUCCAACUCUGAGUUUUUUUUUCCCUUUUCUGAUUUGAAUUUGCCGUUUUGAGUGUUCCGAACCAUGGGGAAAGUGGAAUUCUAUACAUAAUUUGUCAAAAAUUAAUCUUAUCAGAGACUGAUGGUGCAAAGUUCUAGCUGAAAUAUUACUUAGGAAAAAAUGAUGAAGAAAAUUAAUUUCGUUUUUCGUUUCUAUAGAAUUAAAAUUUGUUUGCUAUGUUAUUCUGUUUGAAUCUAAAUUCAACGACCUCAGGCUUCAACUCCAACAAACUCUCAUCCUCCUCCGGUCGUUUAGCCGAAACCAAGUCUACACUCGAAUUGAGGGAUUUUUCUGGCGCGAAGUUUCCGGUUUUCUUUUUCUUCUCAACAUGGGAAAACAAUCAGGCAAGAACCCAGGAUUUGGAAAACGCAAAAUACCCAACAAGUUCAACACGAGCAAGAAAAGUCAUCGUCUUGAAGAAGAAAAUGUUGCACACAGCCCUGCGACUACUUCGUCAGGGGAACUACCAAACGAAGAAUCUAACUGUGUGGUUUCCGAAGAAGAAAUGGUUUAUAAGGAGCCAUCCAUGUAUGAUAAAUUGUUAAUGACGCUGGGAUCAUCUAGUAAAUCUGUUUCUGCUGCAUAUAAGAUGAGAAAAAGACAAGAAGAAGGUCUAAGUGACUCAGAAAAUUCUGAAGAUGAUGGAACUGAAUCUUCUAGUGACUCAGAGGAUGCGGAUGAUGACGAAGAAGGAGUUGAUGAUGAAUUUCCUAUGGAAGGAAAACCCAAAGACCCUGAAAAGGCAGGACUUGAGGAGCACGGUGAAGAUUCUGAAAAUAAGGAUGACCAGGAGACCUUUGACUUGGAUGACCAAGAGACCUCUAACUCAGAUGACCAAGAGACUCAUGAUUCAGAUGCAGAACAGGACCUGGGAACCAGUUCUCAAUCUGCUGUUGAACCAUCAAUGUGCUUGAGUUCCUUUGAUAUACACUUGGGGCACAAGUUAACAAAAGCUGAGGUUGAAAAUCUUUCAAAAAAGAUGUGGAUAUAUGAUUGGGAGGUGCCUGCUGUUGGGAUGACGAAGGGCAAGUGGGCAGGAACAGGAGAGUGUUUUACAAAAGAUGACGACCCCAAUUCUUGUUAUGGUCUGAAGCAAAAGUUGUAUAAGCACUGGUUUGAUGUUUAUAACAGAUCUGGAGGGAAUGAUUUUCAUUCAUCUAGACAAAGAUUAUUCUUCUCUCUGUGUGAGUUCAACAGCUAUCGGGAUAUAUUGCAUUGCAACAAAAAACCCUUUUAUCACAGAGCCUCUGAAGAAGACUCAAAUGUCAUGGGUGCAUACAUGAUGCAGUGUCUGAAUCAUGUCUUCAAAACUAGAGAUCUUGUAACGAAGAAUGAUGCAAAAGUGUCCAAGCUUCGAGAAACUGCUUGUAAUGAAAUUCUUAUUGAUGAUAGUUUCCUUGAUCAUGGAUUUACUCGUUCUUGUGAUAAAUACUGGACUUGGAUUCCUUAUAACAAUGUAUAUCCAUUUUAUAACGUCAUUCAUAUAAUAGUAUAUAUUCUUUUUUUGUACAAGCCAUGUAGUGUAUAUCUUGUUUGCGGUCCUAUAUGGCCUCUGUGUUUUAAAUUUAGGCACACUUGGUUCGGUGACUGUGAACUACUUUCUAUUUAUUGUAGCUGUUGCAAUUUGAUUUUGUGACGUUGUAUACUUUUGGA